UCAGUUGGAGAUUAAAGUCCCACGCGCACUGAUGGAUAACUGAGAUAACAAACACUUUGGAGAUCGUGACAGCGGUACAGAAAGCAGAACUGUACAGAAAGCGGCAUAGCAGAGACAAAUUUAUUUUAAUUUAUUGAUUGAGGAACUUUUAUAUUAACUCCACGACUGUUUAUUUAAGAAGAGUAAGUUGUGAAUUUCAACAGAUCACCAUGAUGACCAAGCCGUUUGAGAAGCCAGGGGAUGAGAGUGAGCUGGUCAGCGGUCUGGGCUGGCUGGAGGAGGAUCUGAGCUCACAGGAUGGUGAAGGCACUGAGAUCCGAAGCCGCUAUGGGUUGGGCCUGGGGGGUCGGCCUCGCGGCAUGACCGAGCUGGGUAGCGAAGACAUGGACGAGGAAGAGGAGGAAGACGAGGAGGAGGAGAUGGGGCUGGAGGGAGAGAAGUUGCCCAAGCGGAGGGGUCCCAAAAAGAAGAAAAUGACCAAAGCCAGACAGGAGCGCUUCCGCAACCGACGGGUGAAGGCCAACGCCCGCGAGCGCUCGCGUAUGCACGGCCUGAACGACGCCCUGGACAGCCUGCGGCAGGUCAUGCCCUGCUCCUCCAAGACCCAGAAGCUGUCCAAGAUUGAGACCCUGCGGCUAGCCCGCAACUACAUCUGGGCCCUGUCGGAGGUGCUGGAGAGCGGCCAGUCCCUGGAGAGCCACGGCUUUGUGGAAAUGAUGUGCAAAGGCCUCUCCCAGCCCACCAGUAACCUGGUAGCCGGCUGCCUGCAGAUGGGCCCGGCGCCCAUGAUGCUCAACAAGCUGGAGGACAAGUGCGGAGCCUCUGUGGGGGGUCAAGCUGGCCACCCCCUCAGCUUCCCCUCCCCGGGCUUGCCCAGCCCACCCUACGGCUCCAUGGAGGCCUCCCACCUCCUCCACAUGAAAGGCUUCAAAGGGGCUUCCUACGAGAACUCCUCCCCAAACCAGUGCAGCAGCAGUGGCACUCCCCCUUACGAUGGGCCCCUCACGCCCCCCCUCAGCAUCGGUGGCAACUUUGCCCUGAAGCAGGAGCCGUCCCCCCCGGAGUCGGAGAGGAGCUACCACACACACCCUGCUACCCACUACCUCUCUGCACACCACCCCUACCCCCCCACCGCCUCCAUGGGCAGCCUGCCAGCGCCCCAGGCCCACAUAAUGUUCCAAGCCUCGCGUUACGAACUGCCCCUGGACAUGGGCUUUGAGUCCUUUGCUCCAGCCCACUUGGUGGCCUCCCAGAUGGGUAACAUCUAUGGCGAGUAGGGCCAAGUUGGCCUGGGUGUUUAGUCGCACGAACCCGGGUCCAGAAACACUGCUGGCAGGCAGGGAACAGGCCCAUGUGGACAACUGUGUAGAGACAAUGGUUUGCAUUUACACUGUACUAUACUGGAGGAGAGAGCAUGGGGGAGAAAUAGAGAAGACAUGAGACACAUCGCCUCAACUCAUCCUACCUGACUAUGAUGACACUACUGAAGCGAUACUGAUGCAACUGUAUUGUUUAUUAAUUUAUUUAGUUUUUUGGUCAUUGUUUAUGUUGACACAAUUUGUAUUGUCAUUUCUGGGCAUGUCCCUUUUGAAUUAUUACCAGAUAUAGCAAUAUUUGUUUACCAAAUUAAUUAUCCAGAUAUAAGCAGGGCUCAUAUCUGCAGUCUGUGAGCAGGGAUUUUCACUAACUGUAAAAUAGCUUGCAUGGAGUCGAUGCCAGUCUAUGGAGAGAUACAAAAAAUUAUCAAAUGUUGUCCAAUUGAGAUACAAAUUCUGCACUGAAACCUAUAGCCAAUGUCUUUUAUGCCAUAUGAACAGAAAUGCAUUUAUUUAUAUCUGUAUUUAAUAUUUAUUUUGAUAACUAUUUUCUCUUUGUUCUUUUUUGCAUUUUCUCAGCACUGUUUCUGUUAAACUGUCUUUACCGAUGAAGUACUUAAAUUAUUUAUUUGAGGUCCUUCAGGUAUGUGUCAUUCACCACUUUGUCACUGUUUUUGUAAAUAUUUUGCUAUUUCGCACUUAAUUGAAUAAAUAUUCUUAUAUUAUAUACUAUUUCCA